GCUAUUCCUUUAAGGCACAACAGGUGGAAAUGCAGGGCUAAAGGAGUAUUUAAACCAGCCUGGCACUGCCAGAGCCCUCGUCCUGCUGGGACAGGGAGGCAGGACACCCACAGAAGGUCCCGGGGUCACCAGCGGACUAAGAGUGGUCAGCCCCAAAGAAAAAGCAAGAAGCACAAAAACCCUGCAGAAGGAACUUCAGGUGGAAUGCAAGAAAAAUGGCUUUGCUAGCACUCAUCUUCCUCCUUGCCCUCCUCCCAGCUGGAUCUGCAAAAAGCAGACACCUCCCCAAGGCAGCAAUCCUGAGCCCCGUGUUCGGGCCGCGGCAGGUGUACGGCGUGGUCGGCGGGUCGGCGACCGUGACCUGCUUCUACCCCCCCACCUCUGUGAACAGACACGACAGGAAAUAUUGGUGCAGGCAGUCGGGCAGGAGCUGUGGGACUGUCACCUCCACCGGUGGCUACGUGUCCUCGAGCUUCAAGGGCAGGAUCUCCCUCACUGACUACCCAGAGGCAGAAAACUUCCAGAUCAACAUCUCCUCGCUUGCGCUGACGGACGCGGGCACUUACCUGUGUGGUGUUGGUGACAACGGCAGAGGGCUCUCCUACAAAGUCACUCUGAGUGUUUCCCAAGAUCCACCUGUACCCGAGGCAGCUGAGCAAUUCUACGUGAAGCUGCACAGCACCUGGACCGUGAUCUGCAGCUUCGGGGCGGAAUUUUCCACCUGGAGGAAAUACCUGUGCAAGAUGGAGGGAGAAGAUUGCCACGACAUCAUCGACAACCAAAACGGUGUCAUUGAUGAGGAUUUCAAAGGGCGAGUUCUGCUGAGCUACGAGCUGUCUGCAGACUCAGUCAACAUCAUGAUGACUCAGAUGGACUGGGAAGACUCAGGCUUGUACCGCUGUGGGGCCGGUGAAUAUGGGAAAAAUGGAAAAUCCAAGGAACUGGACGUGUUUAUCUAUGAGGACAAAAACUUCCGUCAGCUGAAGACCACGGUGACUGCAAAAACUGGAAGUUCAGCAACCUUCGAAUGCCUCUAUGACCCUCUGAAGAAAUCCUCAACGAGGAUCUGGGCCAAGUGGGAAGCUAACAGAUAUAACUGGAUCAUAGACAACACAGGCAAUGUGAGGCCACAGUACAGGGGAAGAGUGGCCAUGUUUGAGAACCCAGAUAACAGGACAGUCACCAUCAUCCUGAACCAGCUGAGCGAGGCAGACAACGCCUAUUACUGGUGCAUAACAAAUGAAGCGAAGGACCAGCAAUCAUCAGCUGAGCUGAAGGUCAUAGAAGGAAAACCUCAACUGACAGGAGAGAAGGAAGUGGAGGCACAAGUGGGCUCACGGGUCGAUUUAAGUUGCACCUACACGUGCGCCUACUACUCCUACGAGAAGUACUGGUGCAAGUGGAGCCCCAGCGGCUGCUCCGUGUUGCCAGCUUCUGAUCUUGGCCAGUCGGGGCCACAGACAACCUGCAGCACUUCCAACAGGACAGUUAUCCUGAGCUUCGACUCGGUGACGGAGGAUGAUGAGGGGUGGUACUGGUGCGUGGUGAAGAGCGACGGCCUCUUCGGGGAGACCAUGGCAGUGAAGCUGUCGGUGACCGCAGGAGAUGAUGCCAAGCACAACCCAGAGCUCCUGGAUGUUGAUGCCCCCAGCCACGCUGAGUUCCCCAACCACGUUGAGCCUGGCCCUGGACCCCGAGGAGGAGCCUACAGUGAAUCUGGGGUGCGAAGUGGAGCUGCCCCAGCAAGCUCUGAUCAAGGCCAUGGCUCCAAUACUCUUCCUUUAGUGCUGGGCCCUGUUGCUGCCCUGCUCCUGAUCAUCGUGACAGCUUUUGCCAUUGUUAAAUACAGGCAGAUGAAGAGAUCUGACCUGGUGUCCAUUGGGAGCUACAGGACAAACAUCAGCAUGUCAGACUUUGAGAGUGUGAAGGAUUACACUGCCAGCAACAGCACCUGUGUGAAGGAGAGCCAGGAGACUGCCAUCGGAGGGGACGAGUUCAUCACCACCAAGGACACCCCGGAAAGUGCUGCCGAGGUGAAGAAGGCAAAAAGGAGCUCCAAGGAGGAUGCUGACCUCGCCUACUCCACCUUCCUCCUCACCUCGGGCAGCAUCGCUCAGGGUGGCUCUGGGGGGGACAGCACUGCCCUGGAUGUGUCCCCCUCCCAGGAGCAGGUCUGAAGGUCAGGGAUUGAGAGGAGGCAGCGACUGGGACUGGCUCUACCUUGAGGAUCACACCAAGCCAUCAGCAAGCACACACACUGUUCAUUGCUACCACGAUUUCCUAUAGCUUGACCUUUUUUUUUUUCUUUUGCUUAAAUUCAGCUUCGAGCGGUGAUUUAGGAGGAAUUAUUUGAUGCCAAAUAGGGCUGGGCUGGAAGUGCAGGGUCUGAGGGAGCAGGUUGGACUGGGAGACCAAGUGGCUCAUCCCACCAACAGUUCCAACAGAGUGGGCUCUCACAGGGCAUUUUAAAAAAGUCCCAUUUUCUUUUAAAGGCAGCUGGAAAACCCUUUAGAACAGCAUCUGAUGCUUUUGAUUCCUCUAAGCUUUCUCAACCUGAGGGCAGCACCUGCAGGCCAGACAUGGUCUGAAGUGUUUUCAUGCACAAGCAAUAAAGAAUAUCAGUGGCUUUCAGCAGACCAGGGAACUCGAUCCGUGGGAGAGCACAGGGAGUCACACCCAGACAGACACAGUAAGGGUGGGACAAGCUGAAUAUUCCACAUAAAGCAAUGUAGGAAGCAGCAGUGAUGAAGAGGUGAUGAAGCAGAGAAGCAAUUUUCCCUGAACAGCAGGAAUGGGAUAGGCUGGUGCCUUACCUGAAAAAGAGAAGGGCUGUGGAGGGGUUUGACAGGGCCAGGGCAGAAACUGCACAGGAAUUCAAAUUCCUGACCUUGUGCUGCUGAAGUGCAGCUCUGAGACCAAACCAUAAAAUAUAAAGAUUGGGAAGCAUCACCCUGGGUAGGGUCUGAUCUGACUGUGUUACAGUAACACCACACAAUAUUUCUGGUUCAGUAAAGUAUUAGCUGCAUUUAAAAAAAUGAAAACAGUGUCAUAGCUCAGGGAGGUGCUGGAAAAUGGCUGUUACCUGAGAGACACUGAGUUUCACCAAGGACAAAACACAAAUUAUUCCUGAAUCAUGGACUUCCCCAGAGGGCAGCAGCCCCAACAGCAUUUGUGUUUUCACAUCCCCAGUGCAAUAAUCAUCACCUUACCCAUAGCAAGGCUGGGACCUCAAAGGUCAGGUUACAGCUCACCUACCUCCUCUCCAGGGCUCCAUCCCCUCAUCAGCCCUGUGGGAAGGGGCUUGGAUAUUGGAAAAGGUGUGGAGGGGCCAGGACAGGUCUGUGCCUGCCCGGAGUUGCUGGAAGUGAAUGAGUGACUCUGCUGGAAAGUGUCCCCGGGGCUGAGCAGUCACAGAGCGGCAGGAGAACGUAAGGUUUGGAAACUUCUGAGAGGAGAAAACCCCUUUUGCUCUCCCUUUGUGAAUCCACUUCCUCUUCAGCCUGCCCAAGGCGUCCUUCCCUCAGCUCCCACACCGCCCUGGGAGCAGCUGGGAUGAGCUUAAUUCCCAGGAGAGGAGCAGGGGCUGGGAAAGGGCUGAGCAUCCUGGCUCUGCCUGCACCCCUCAGCCCUGGCAGCUGCCUGCCUGAGACCCCUGCUCCUUCCCACUGCUGAUGCUUCCAGCUGGCACCUCAGUUCCAAAGGGGAAUGGCCCUGGGCUGCUGCUUUGCAAUGUAAAAUCCCUGGUUUUGAUGGAAGCAGCAAAGCAGGAGUGGGUUGGGGCAUGCAGCACUCUGCACAGGCUGUGAGCAGUGGAUAGGAUCAACAGUGAGGACUGUGACAGCAUAAGCUCAGGACGUGGAAUAAAACCCACACAUCUCACUCAAGCUGUGAUCCAGAGCCCACCACAAUCCAUGGAAAGGUCCACAGGGAGCUCACCUGACUCUUCACCAACGUGUCAGCCGAUUUUCGGGGUCAGUGGGGAGCUGUGGUAUCUCACUGUGUCACAGCAUCAUUCCCAGUGGUUAUUCUUUACCAGGGAAUCAUGGUAUGGGCUGUACCUGUGGGGUCUUAAAGGGUUGGUUUCAGGAGUGAUGGAGCUGAAAUAUCACCUUUCAGAGCCUGGAGGGAUGUAUUCACCCUGACACCUGGACAAAUGAGAGUCACUGAAAAAAAAAAAAACCAUGAGAAAGCAAAUUACAAGAAUCAAAGCCCUGACAGGCUUCCCUUUGGCCUAAACAAAUA